AAUGCAAUGUUUUCUGUCUCGGAGUCCUGCUACAAGCGGCCAGUAUGUAAAUAUUUCAUGUCUCAAGAGAUUCACCAAAGUAGAAUGUCUCGCAUCAAAUUAAAUGUUUUGACAUAAUAGUUGCAGCAUCCUGUUUUUUGCCACCUUGCAGAGGUAUAUUAAAAUGUGUCCGAAUUAAAAUGAUUGGUAAUGGUUCAUGUUUUCAUACCAUAUACACAGAAGGUGCAUGCCUAAAAUCAGUAUAUUACUUCUCCUUACCUGCUGUUGCACCGAGUAAAGAUACCUUUUUUAAUAAGCCCAAACAUCUGUUUUCCCUCUGUUUGUAAGCAGAACGUAACCAACCCUUGGGAUUGAUAGUAAAGCUUCUGAUCCAGGUGGGUUCAAUCCAAAGACGACUUCUGACCUUUGGUACAACGCCACAGAGUCUCGUGAGACAAGCGGUGAACAAGUGGGAGGCGUCUGCACAGUCACCCAGCCGGAGAGAGAGUGAUGUGUGUGGUCAGGUGAAGACAACCCCAAGGCCUGGAGAGCCAUCAUUUGAACAGAGAGGCAGCAAGGUCACGCGGUGCUGAAACGAUUUGUCUUUUCUGGAUCACUGACCGGGAACUGGAGGACAGUAGGAGAGGAAACUUUCCAGCAGCUUGCUCUGGAUGGAAAAGCCAUAGAAGAUCAAAUGAACUCAGCAACAGUAAAAUUGCUUUGGCUUUUUACACUUGAAGGAUUCACUUUCGGAAAGCAGUAUCAUUCAUGACCUGGCCGACUGAGAAGUUUGCUUAGAGAAAAGUUCAAUUUAAUAAUUGGCUACCACUGGAUGCGGUUGCAUUAAAGCAGAGAAAAGAACGCGUAGCUUGCCGCUGGAUUUGAUAUGACUGGAAUGAUGUGUUCAUCCUUUUCACGUAGUCAAAGGUGGAUGGAAACCUUCCAUCUCUAAAUUCACUGAAAUACUGUUUUUGGUUAUUUUCAAAAUUCAAGCUCGGGAGAUAUUUUAUGAAUUCCAUCUCUCCACAAAAGGUCAUGGAGUGAGAUAGAGGCAGAUCAGACACUCGAUUAAAGUGGAGCAUAUACUAUCAAAGAAUGAGAAUGACUGACCCACUUUCAAUAGAAAGUCAUCUGCUGUUUUUUAGUCAGAAUCCAAUAUGCUCCAUGAGCUGCCCUGCCUUCAUCAGACUUUAAAAUCGUCUUUGAUCCAAUGGAUUAAAUCUAACGAACAAAAACAAAAGAAAACUCAGUAGUUUAUCAGGCUACAACUUCAAAAACGUUCUCGUCUGCAUGCAGCUGUUUUUGUACAUGUAGACCCCGGGUUGGGUUCCUUUCUUUUUGGUUAAUUUAAAACCUAAAAAUGGCCCUCAUUCGGACCGUAGGGCAGUGGGCGAUGGUGGCUGCAAGUCUUCUGAGCUGCUUUAGUUUUCACUCCUACCAAGCCACAAGGACGAGAGAUACAGUCUCUGGAGAAACCAAAGACGAUCAAGGACAUUCUUCAGUUGAACGAGUUAAAAGAGGAUGGGUAUGGAACCAGUUCUUUGUGGUGGAGGAGUACACCGGGACAGAGCCGCUUUAUGUCGGAAAGAUUCACACUGACUCUGAUGAAGGCGAGGGCAACAUCAAGUACACCAUCUCUGGAGAAGGAGCAGGAACCAUCUUCAUCAUUGAUGAACUAACAGGAGACAUCCACGCCACGGAGCGGCUGGACAGGGAGGUCCAGGCUUUUUACACCCUCAGGGCCCAGGCACGGGAUCGGCUCUCCAACGACCCGCUGGAACCAGAGUCAGAGUUUGUCAUCAAAGUGCAAGACAUCAACGACAGCGAGCCCAAGUUUUUGGAGGGUCCCUAUAUCGGCAGCGUGGCAGAACUGUCACCCAUUGGAACAUCCGUCAUGACUGUCACUGCUUCAGAUGCCGAUGACCCCACAUAUGGUACCAGCGCCAAGAUCAUCUACAGUGUUUUGGACGGAGAGAAGUUUUUCACGGUUGAUAGAGAUACAGGGAUCAUCAUGACGGCGGUUGCAGAUUUGGACCGUGAGACGCAGGAUCGUUACGAGUUGGUUGUCAAGGCAACGGACAUGGCAGGCCAAAUGGGCGGUCUCUCCGGUUCCACGACGGUGACUAUAGUCAUCACAGACGUCAAUGACAACCCUCCUCGUUUCCCGCAGAAGAUGUACCAGUUUUCUGUAUCGGAGGGGGCGGCUGUGGGAACACCAGUCGGGCGGGUCAUCGCCACGGACGCAGACAUGGGCGACAAUACGGAUAUGAGCUACCUGAUCAAGGAAGGAGGAGAUCUCUUCAAGGUCACGCCUGAUGUCGUCACACAAGAGGCCAUUGUCUCCAUCAAAAAGCCGCUCGACUUCGAGACCAAACGCACGCACAACGUGGUGGUGGAGGCCGUGAACAAACACGUGGACCCUCGUUUUGUGGAUCUGGGCACCUUCAGGGAUCAGACGAUUGUUCGGGUCAGCGUGUCGGACAUAGACGAGCCGCCACUCUUCCAGCCAGCAGAGGGCACUGUCAUGGAGGUAAAGGAGGACGCCGAAGUUGGAGCCGUAGUUGGCAUCGUCACGGCGAGAGAUCCAGAUGCAAAGAACAAACCUGUGAGGUUUUCCAUCGAUCGAAGCACAGACACUGAAGUAAUCUUCCACAUCGAUCCAGACUCAGGUGCAAUCACACUUGGCAAGAUUUUGGACAGAGAGACUGCAGGCUGGCACAAUAUCACAGUGAAAGCGGUGGAAGCAGACAAUCAAACCAUGGCGUCUUACUCCGACGUGAGCAUUCGGAUUCUGGAUGUGAACGACAAUCCUCCUGAGCUGGCCACUCCGUACGAAGCCUCCAUAUGUGAGGAUGCUAAGGCAGGCCAGCUGGUGCACAACAUCACCGGGGUGGACAAAGAUGAGCCUCAAGCUGGUCACCACUUCACCUUCAAGUUGGUCCAGGAUUCCUCCAGCAGUCGACACUUCACCUUGGUGGAUGUCAAAGACACCACGGCUGCCAUUCAGACCGGACGCUCAGGCUUCAACCGUCACGAGCAAAACGUCUACUUCCUGCCCAUAUUGGUGAUCGACAGCGGUCUGCCCUCACUGAGUUCCACUGGAACUCUGACCAUAAACGUCUGUGACUGCGACCCAGACGGAGAAAUCCAGUCCUGCAAUGCCACGGCCUACGUAAUGAGCGCUGCACUCAGCCCGGGGGCGCUUAUAGCUCUCCUCGUCUGCAUGCUCAUCCUCAUAGUCCUCGUUUUGUUGAUCCUGACGCUUAAACGCCAUAGGAAGGGUCAAAGGAUGACGGAAGAAGAGGAAGACAUGAGGGACAACGUGAUCAAGUACAACGAUGAAGGCGGCGGGGAGCAGGACACUCAGGCGUACGACAUGAGCGCCCUGAGAAACCUUUAUGACUUCCCUGAGGCCAAGAGCUGCGACUCUGGCUCAGACAUCCGCUCGCUGCCCCAGUGGAUGCAAGUAAACCGUGUCGGCGGCAGCUCAGUGGAGGGAACUGCGGCAGCUGCCGCCGCGGCAGUGGUUGCCGCCGACUUCUCCCUGUUCAAAGGCUACAUCCGAAAAAAAGUGGAACAGGCCGACGCUGAUCUGUCAGUGCCGCCAUAUGACUCAUUCCAGACAUAUGCCUUUGAGGGGACCAGUUCACCAGCUCUGUCUCUCAGCUCCAUUCACACCCUUUCCACCACCUCUGAACAGGAUUUCUCAUAUCUCAGCGACUGGGGACCCCGAUUCAGGCAGCUGGCGGGCUACUACACUGCAGCAAACACUGAGGAGGAAGGGUCCUAGCACAGCGCUGCCACAGUGAAACUGUCCCCCGCCCUUCUUUUUCCUCCGUCUCCCUUCCUGCCUCGCCCCUGAGAAGCAGAGCAUAAACUGUUUUUCUGUUCGAUCAAGUCAAACAAACUGUUCUUUGGUCUUUGGAAAAAGAUGUAACUUUUUUCCGAGAACAUUUCAAAUAAGACAAAGAGUUUCUUGAAUUGUUGAAGAAAUGUCUGAAGGAUGUCAUCAUUCCCACGUUGGAAUCUCUGGGUCCACAUUACGAUGCCACGUCAAACAACAGUAUUUAUUAAAGGUGGAAAUAUUGAUGUUAAUUUAUAUAUAUUUUUUCAGAUAUUUAUUAAUUUUUGCUUUUCACUUCGUAAAGGCAAAGUGUCUUGUGUUCUCUUGGAUUUUUUUAACAUAAAAUAAGGCUUCAUUUUUCUGAAUUAACAAGAUAAAGUACAUUACACACAGUGCACACAAGACAUACAUUUAUUAUUAUUAUUAUUAUUAUUAUUAUUAUCAGAUAAAUGUGAUCUUGUUUAAAAAGUUACAAAUUCUGACACACAGCCAUCUGGUUUCAUCAGUUUAGAUCUCUUUUUUAAAAGUUUUACGAGAUGAAAUGAAAGUCACAUAACAGUAUUUAUUUGUGGUGACAUUUUAUUUAUAAUAAUAAUAAUAAUAAUAUGUUUUCAUAUUCAAUAUUAACAGUUUAUGUUCAUGAAAAUAUGCAUUUCAUUCAGAGAAACUUACCAUUAUAUUACAUGUUCUCGACAGAAGAUGUCUUCAACAGUUCAGGUUCUUCAUUGAUAAUCUUGUAAACUCAGAAAACCCUUUUUUUUUUGUUUUCUUACAGUGAACACAAAGCUGCAAAGAUAUUUUGCAACAUUGGAAAGUGCUCACAGGAUAAGACAUUUUUCCAGAGGCAGUGUGUUUGCAGAGCUGAAACCCGGGUCACCUUCAUGAUGAAGAAAAUUUGUAUUUAUUUUCUGUGACCUCCUUUGUAAAACAAGAAUCUCUAGAUGGCGUGAUGGAAUGGGAAUGAAGAGGAACAGAUGGAGGCAAGCGGAGAAAAAGAAAAGAGGCUGGCAGAUAUGAGACUGACAUACUUUCAGUUGAAUUUCAGCAGGAUUUUUGAGGUCACAGUCUGAGGACAAUUGUGUGUUAAGUCAAAGAGGCACAAACUACGGCAGUUGGUGCAUCUGUUUGUUUUGAAUUGGGUUCUGACCAACUUUUCACCACUGGGCGCUCAAUCCCAUUUUGGAGUUCUGUGUGGAUUUGUGCAGUGUUCAAUUCAUUUUAUAUCCUGAAUGUUUUUUUUUUUUUCCUUUGUCCUUUGGGAUCUUGUAACGGCUACAUUUCAAAUAUGUUUGGGAAUUUCAGACUGAGGACUGAGUACAGCCACCUGACGUCGAUAACCUAUUCAGUGUUGCCCUUAACAUGCAAUUGUAUGGAGAAAAAUAUAUGAAAA